AUGCCAUUAUGAGGCGCGCUGUUUUGGUGUUCCUGAAGGGGGGAUGGUUGGAGAAUUCUGGCAACCCAGUGGAGAGUUUCAGCCGCACCACGCAGGUCUGAUUACACACACUCCGGCGUGUUGCAUCUGCGUUUGUAUCAGGGAUCGUGACCAGUCAUGGCUGAUGAGGGAUAUGUAGUGCGAAUCCGGGGACUUCCUUGGUCCUGUUCAGUGGAUGAAGUUCAGAGGUUUUUCUCAGACUGCAAAAUCCUAAACAAUGGAAGUGGCAUCCAUUUCACCUACACGAGAGAGGGGCGUCCCAGCGGAGAGGCAUUUGUUGAAUUUGAGACAGAAGAAGACCUGAAGAUUGCAGUGAAAAAGGACAGAGAAACGAUGGGUCACAGAUAUGUAGAAGUGUUUAAAUCAAACAAUGUGGAAAUGGACUGGGUCAUGAAGCACACUGGCCCAAACUGUCCAGAGACAGCUGGGGACGGGCUUGUGCGGCUUCGGGGCCUUCCCUUCGGGUGCAGCAAGGAGGAGAUUGUGCAGUUUUUCUCAGGGUUGGAAAUCGUGCCAAAUGGGAUAACAUUGCCGGUGGACAUCCAGGGGAGGAGUACGGGGGAGGCCUUCGUGCAGUUUGCUUCACAGGAUAUAGCUGAAAAGGCUCUAAAGAAACACAAGGAAAGAAUAGGGCACAGGUACAUUGAGAUCUUCAAGAGUAGCCGUGCUGAGGUGCGGACCCAUUACGAACCCCAGAGGAAGCCUAUGGGCAUGCAGAGACCCGGCCCCUAUGACCGGCCCUCUGGUGGACGCGGCUACAACAUGAUGGGCCGAGGGGGGUCCUAUGACAGAAUGCGCAGAGGAGGCUACGGAGGAGGUGGGUCCAAGUGGGACUGGAGAGCAGGUGUAUCGGAUGGACGGUAUGGCGAUGGCGGCUCUUCCUUUCAGAGCACAACAGGCCACUGUGUACAUAUGAGGGGCCUGCCAUACAGAGCCACAGAAACAGACAUCUACAAUUUCUUUUCACCUUUGAAUCCGGUGCGGGUCCAUAUUGAGAUCGGCCCAGAUGGCAGAGUCACCGGGGAGGCAGAUGUAGAGUUUGCAACCCACGAAGAUGCUGUAGCAGCCAUGUCCAAAGAUAAAGCUAACAUGCAGCACCGCUACGUGGAGCUGUUUUUGAACUCAACAGCAGGUGGCAGUAAUGGAGCAUACAGCAGCCAGAUGAUGGGGGGCAUGGGGAGCCAGUCAUCCUAUAGUGGAGGCCAGCUGAGCUCAGGGUACUCUGGUGGAUACAGCAGCCAAGGAAACAUGGGUGGCUACAGUGACUAUAUUAGGUAACCAGGGCGGAAUGGGAAGCAGUUACUAUGGCGGCGGUGGAGGAGGAAGCAGAGGCUCAAUGAAUGGACUGGGUGGGGGAUGGGGAAUGUAGUUUUUUCUUUUCCCUUUUAGUUUUUUUUUUCUUUUUUCUUUUUUUUUAACUCAGCAUUUUGCUGAAAGGACUGGAAAUGCAAGUCUCUCGUAAUAAUUCAGAUAGGGUCUGCUGGGGUUGUUUUGGGGGAAAACAAAGGGUAGGGUUUGUAUUAUUAUUGUUUUGUUUUGUUUUUUUAAGUGGGUGAUCUUCAGAGAGCAGUGAGAUCAUAUGUCGUCACAAUAAAUGUGUCAAAGUGCUGUUUGUCUUCCCCAUUCCUCACAGAUUUACAAAUAACAUAAACCGUGCUUUUGGUUUUUCUUUCCCUGGAAGCGUGUCGUUUUGUGUUACCGUUCUUUAAGCACGGUUAACUCAUCCUGUGCUGGUGGAUUUAACAAAACAUUUUAGUGUCAGAGUGCAUGAACAGAAACUGAAAAUGUCUGGUAUCUUCUAAUGUUUGGACCUUGUUUCACCUUCUACAUAGUGUUCAGCUUCUUUUUUAAAUUCCUGUACAAAAUGUUAAUCUGAGUUUGAGACUUAACAUGGUCAAAGCAUGUUUUGUUUUCUUAUGGUGUGACUGUUAGGGCUCUUUUUCUGUUCCUGGAUGAGGGCUAUACAGAGAGCAAGUGAAUUUCAAAUCUGCUACCAUGAAGGUUUCUACUGCUUCAGAUGCUGUUUGUAUUUCUUGUGCACAAAGUGAAUAAACUAGUCUGGAAUAACUAAUUGAAA